UUGCAGAUGAGGAGGUGGGUCGUUAAGAGCAUUCUGGAAAGUGAAAAUUCCUACCUCGGCAUUCUAGAUAUGUUAAUGAAGCACAUGACGACCUACAAAAACAUCUCCUCGACCGCUCAAAUGCUCAUCUCGGCAGCGGACGUCGAGAUAAUCUUCCAUCGGAUCCCGGAGCUGCACCACGCACACAAGAUGUUUGUCUACCAGCUGGCUCCCAAGUUGGAGCAGUGGUCGGGCGAACAACAGAUUGCUGAUGUCUUUAAAAUGCUGGUUGAUGAGGAGCAUAGGAUAGCUCCAGACUUUCUCAAAAAUUAUCCCAAAGCUGUUGCAACCAUACACAGGUGCUGGUCUGAGAGUCAACAAUUUGCUGACCUCACUAAGGAAAUCAGGAUUAAAAGUACUUCAGAGAGCCCAAGUUUGGAGGAACUUUUGCACAAACCCGUACUGAGAUUCCAAAGAAAUUCUUUAGUUUUGCAUGACCUCAUAAAAUGCACUCCGGCCAGCCACCCGGAUUACGACACCCUACAAAAGACACUAAAUCUAUCAAGAUCUUUUCUCGAAAACCUCGAUAGUCCGGACAAUAAUCUUAAUGCGGACCACCAACGCUACCUGGCCAAGCAGGGUCUUAUAGUCGAGAAAGUGGGUCAGGUCAGAAAGGUCAGACACGUUUUCCUCUUCAAUGACGUCAUCGUUUGCGCCAGACAGAAGAUCACUACAAAACAGAAAAUUCAUUUGGAGCCGAAGUGGUAUAUCUCAUUGAUUGAUCUUUCACUCGAUGACAUUGUCUGCAUUGAAGAUGAGAGGCAACUGCUCGAGUCGCAAAAACAGGAGAUUGAAAUCCUUCAAAAAAAAAUGUCUGAACUUCAGAAAGAAUUGAAAGCCGAAUUGAAAGGGGCCGUUAAAGAAAAUAGCGAUUCCCAAAAGCUGAAGAAGAAGAUGAUCGAACAGCAGGCCUUACUAAUCAAGUCCUCACCCUGCCUCAUCUUUAAGAUCCAUAACAGGAAGAUGAACAGACAGCACACUCUCCUCAUGGCUUCGGAUUACGAGAGGGCGAGUUGGAGGACUACAAUCACUGGCCUACUUAGUCGAGCUCAAACAUCCCUAAAUUUUUCGAGUACAGAAUUGCAGUCAUUGUUGAAUUCUCAAAAAGUAUAUUUAAGUUUGGAGGAAGAGCAUCUAUUUGGCACGCUGAGUAUAAAGAUAUUCAAGCUGCAAGGCCUUAAAGUACCUUCUGGCUAUUACUGCACAAUUGAGGUUGACACAUUUGGUCAGUUUUUCAUGAAAGCCAAGACGAAAGUCGUCUACGAGCAGCCCGAACCAGCCUGGAAUGAGGAUUUUGAGAUAGAAUUGGAAGGCUCACAAACAAUAAGAAUCCUCUGCUACAAGAUGGGCAAAGAUGUCGGCUGUCUUGUCGGUAGCUGUGCCCUUGAGCUCAGCAAAGCCUGGUUGAGAGGGGACUUUCAAGAGAAACCAAUCUCAAUCAAUGACGAACUCUCUCUAAUAGUAUCCCUCAUCUACUGUUCACGUGACCAAACCCUGAAGCGUGCCCAAUCAACCGUCAAGGGUGGAGUUUUCGGCGCGCCAAUCAAAUCUGUCACUAAACGAGAAGGUACAGACAUUCCAAUGAUAGUAAAGUCCUGUGUUCAAGAAGUUGAGAAAAGAGGAAUGCAAGAGGUUGGCAUAUACAGAGUGUCGGGGGUGAGUGGCGAAAUCCAGAAAAUGAAAAAAUGCUUUGAGAAAAACAGCAAAGUGGCGUCGACGAUGCUAGGCGACCUUGACAUUAACGUGGUGACCGGGGUACUGAAAACGUACUUCAGGGAAUUGCCCGAAGCCCUCUUCACCGAUUACCUCUACCCCCAACUCGUCAAAGGAAUGGGUCUGGGAGACCCAGAGGCGAAGGUGGCAUGCAUAACCUCCCUGGUUCAAUCCCUGCCGGAGCCUAACCGGGCCACAGCUCUCUACCUCAUUGAUCACUUAAUAAGAGUCUCAAAAAACGAACCAGAGAAUAGAAUGACCUUAAAAAACUUGGCGACGGUUUUCGGGCCGACCUUACUGAGACCCGCCAACAAGCCCCAGCAGCAGCAGACCCUGGAAGAAUUAUUUUCAACAGGCACUAGAGAAGUCAUGAUGCAGACCGAUAUUCUGCUCUUCAUUUUGAAGUCAAAUAUCAAUGAAAGCGUAGCUUGAACAUUGUUCAAUGUUCCAUUUAAUUGUUGGGAUCUUUUGGAUGGAAUUAAUUGCGGUGCGGGUUAAUUAUGGAUUAGUUGAAAUCAAUCAAGGAUUAAGUAAAUGUUUGUAUUGUUUAUAUAAAUGCGGGUUAAUUGGGAUAAUUUGGGAAUAAUUACCCUAUUAAUUAAUCAUGAAAGGAAAAGUUUUUUGGUUCAUUUCUCUUGUGCUUUUCUGUUAUUUUGUGUAUAUGUUUAAUUAGUGGGAAUGCUAAUCUGAAUGGCGCAGUCAGGUAUAAAUGGUAUGUACGUGAAUUAUACGGAUUAUACGGAUGUGAAUUGUAUGUGUGAAUGAAUCGUGCAUGAAUGAAUCGUGUGUGAAUGAAUGAAUUACUCU